AUAGCUUCACAACACAAACGAAUAAACGUAAUCGUUCCAGCUUCUCAAACACACAAUCCGAACCACCAUCGCCGAACCCAAAUACGAUUAUUAUCCAAAAAAACAAUAAAAAAAAAAAAUGUUUGCUACACGUAACAGAUUCGAAAUACUUGCCCAAGACGAUCCGUUUCUACUGACGUAAUACCGCACAACUCUCAUCAAACUACUGUUGAAAAUGAAAGUAUAGUCAUUAAACCUCUUCCUAUAUUUAUUAAAGGUGUCGAAGAUUUUCCCGCAUUAUGUACGACCUUAAUUGAGCUAAUAGGUGUCGACAAUUUCAUAUGCAAGUCUACAACAAACUCAUUAAAAAUACAAACCGCGGACCCUAAUGCAUACAGAGCUUUAAUACAAUUUCUUAAAACCGAAAAAGCUGAGUAUCAUACUUAUCAGCUGAAAGAGGACAAACCACUCCGGGUAGUUAUUCGUAACCUUCACCCGUCCACACCUCUUACUCUAAUAAAAGAGGAGCUAGAAGUUCGGUUUUUUGAGGUAAGACAAGUUACCAAUGUACUACACAAAGUUGACAAAAACCCCCUUCCAUUAUUCUUCGUUGAUCUUGAGCCAACACUACAUUCUAAUGAAAUUUUCCAACACUCAUCACUACUUCACUGUAAAAUAAAAAUUGAAGAACCACACAAACCAAAAACAAUCAGUCAAUGCUUCAAUUGCCAACAAUACGGCCACACCAGAACAUACUGUGGUUACAUCCCCGUUGUGUUCGCUGUGGAGCGGAUCACCAGUCAUCUGCUUGCCCGAACUCACGAUAUGACCCUCCAAAAUGCGUUCACUGUUCCCAAAGCCACCCAGCCAACUACAAAGGCUGCACAAUCUACAAAGAUCUUCAACGACGAAAAAUACCCACCGCACCAACUUUAAGCUUGACAUACACACAAGAAAGAUACGAAAGUCUUCUAUCAACGCUGAAAAACAAACUUGAGUAUCAUGGAGAGGAUAGUUUUGACAUUUGGGUAAACGAGAAGAUCAAAGGUCUUUCAGCAACUUAUUACUGUGUUCAAUUACGUUCUGAGGAUUCUCGGUUUUUUAGUCAUGUUCACGCAAAAUUCAAGAUGCAGGCAAAAUAUUUGGCUGUCAGAAAAAUGAUUACCAAGUUGGAAAUAUUAGAUUCGUGUCCAUCAGUUACUCUAGAAAAAUACUGUCUGGUCAACAAAAUAUCGUUACCAGUGUACCGCGUCGAGUAUUCAAGUCGUCAUACCACCGACAUCGUUUGUACACUCAAUCAAUUUAGAAAAGAAGGUUCGGGCUCAAACUACGACAUUGCCCGCGAGAGAGCAGCAUUUAAGAUGUAUAGGAUAAUUUUGUACUACAAUCGCCAAACUCGAACCUUAUAUUAAUCACGGGAAAGACUAAAUAGACUAAAUUUAAUCUAUUCUAUGUAUUAACCUUAUUUAAAGAUAGAAUAUU